AAAGCCGUGGAUACCAAAGCUUUUCCAUUCCUCUCCUCUUCUCCUCGCCACCUAACGUCGUUGAGGCUCGCCGGCGGCAAAGCAAGGUGAUCGAUCAGCCAUGGGGCCUCAGCAAAACCGGUCGGCGGCCAAGCCGUACGCCAACGGCACGGCGGCGCCGGCGCCGGGGAGGAAGGAGAACAAGGUGGUGCGGUACAGGGAGUGCCAGCGCAACCACGCCGCCAGCAUCGGCGGCCACGCCGUCGACGGCUGCCGCGAGUUCAUGGCGUCGGGCGCGGACGGCACCGCCGCCGCGCUCCUCUGCGCCGCCUGCGGCUGCCACCGCAGCUUCCACAGGCGGGAGGUCGAGGCCGCCGCCGAAUGCGACUGCUCCUCCGACACCUCCUCCGGCGCCCGCCGGUGAUCGCCGCGAAUUGGUUCGGCUUCAGACUCGUGCGAGUAGAUCAGGAAUUCAGGAUCAGCAGGUAAGGUAUUUGCAUUGAAAGGAUUCGGUGGAUGAAUCUGAUUGUGUAUGAACCGAUUAAAGCUAAAAAUUUCUUCUUUUUUUCAUAUUUGAUUUUUUGGUGAAUUGAUCGUGUGUAAUGUAACAUACAUGUUGGAACAAUAUAUACAUAUGUAACUGGUGUUUGCGUGUACAGAUUAUUCAGAUGAACAUCUUAAUUAUAUUCUGUAAAAACUGUGCUUUUUUUGUGUC